GAUUGGGGGAGGCUGGGGGAGAUUGGGGAAGGGAAGGCAGCAGCCGCUAGGAAAAGAGGGCUGGCGAAUGUUGUACGGGGUACACCCAGGGUCGGGCCGAGCUGCACGGAUCCAUGUAUGGGGUGCGGCUUGUUGGGGGAGGUUGGGGAAGGUACGGGGGCAGCAGCUGCAGGUAUGGGGAGGUGAGGCAGCAGCGGGCCAAGCUGCACAGAUUUUGUAUGGGGUGUGCGGCUUGUGGGGGGAGGUUUGGGAAUGCGAUGGCAAGAACUGCAGGUAUGGGGAGGUGAGGCAGCAUUGGCCCGAGCUGCACGGAUCCAUGUAUGGGGUGCGGCUUGCUGGGGGAGGUUGGGGAAGGCACGGGGGCAACAGCUGCAGGAAUGGGGAGGUGAGGCAGCAGCGCGGGAGGGGCAGCAGCGUAUGAUGGUGGCUGUGCUGCGGGGCGAUGGUUGGGCGAGUCAAGGCAAUUUGGGGCAGGUUGGGGCAGGUUGGGGCAGGUUGGGUGCGUUGUGGAGGAAAGGAGGUGGGUGAUGGGGGCUAUAUGAGGUGUGGGGUUGGCGGCUGUGUGGCGGCUGUGUGAGGUGUCUUUUGAGAGAACACCACUUGGUGGUGGUUUUAGCCAUACGUGGCAGCGGGCUUGUAGAACACUUUGUUUAGAGAAAAAUUCUUGCUCUGAAAAAUCUCUUGAAAACGUAGGGCAAAAAUUGAUGGUAACUAGUUUCGGCAGGUGGCUGCCUUCAUCAGACCAUGUGAGCUAUAUGAUGGGUGAUGGGGGCUAUAUGAGGUGUGGGGUUGGCGGCUGUGUGGCGGCUGUGUGAGGUGUCUUGUAAGUCGACUCACCAGACAUCGAAGGUCAGGUUGGGGAGAAUAUGCGCUGUUCGGCGCGCGUGGAGAAGGUGUUCCGCACGCCUGGAGAAGGUGUUCGGCACGCGUGGAGAAGGUGUUCGGCACGCGUGGAGAAGGUGUUCGGCACGCGUGGAGAAGGUGUUCGGCGCGCGUGGAGAAGGUGUUCGGCACGCGUGGAGAAGGUGUUCGGCACGCGUGGAGAAGGUGUGGGGUGCGCAUGGAGAAGGUGUGGGGUGCACGUGGAGAAGGUGUGGGGUGCGCGUGGAGAAGGUGUGGGGUGCGCGUGGAGAAGGUGUGGGGUGGGCGUGGAGAAGGUGUGGGGUGCGCGUGGAGAAGGUGUGGGGUGCGCCUGGAGAGGCAGGGGCAAGGGAGGAGGGGGAUAGUUUCUGUAGCAGACUUAUGUCUUCUGCUGCACCUGCCUUCAACCUCCAGCAGUAUUCAGCAGCAGCUGCAGCUCCAGCAGCAGUAUUCAGCAGCAGCAGCUGUAGCACCAGCAGCAGGAUUCAGCAGCAGCAGCAGCACCACCACCACCAGCACAAGCAGCAGUAUACAGCAACGGCAGCAGCAUCAACACCACCAGCACCAGCACCAGCACCAGUAUGCAGCAGCAGCCUACAUUCUUCAGCCAUCUGCAGCAGUGCUUUCCGUUCUUCUGGAGAGCGUCAUGCUGGUGCAUGACGCUCAUUAGCAGUGAUAUCUGUUCUUCUGGAGGGCAUAACCGCUGAGUUCUGUGCUCUCACCCGUUCCACUGCCGCCCCUUCCACUGCCGCCCAUUCCACUGCCGCCUCUUCCAUGCCUGCGUGCCACACCAGUGGCCAGUGGCCAUGCCUCCAUCCGCUCAUUGCGUGCGCCUAACUUUCCGCCAGCCAGUGCCUGCUUCUGCUGCGCCAAGCUUCUGAACGAAUCAACUCGCCCCUCUUCUCAACGCGCCCCUCUUCUCAACGCAUCCCUCUUCUCAGCACUCGACAUGCCUCGUGCUUGCAUUGCUUGCAUUGUCUCCCUCCAUCCUGCCCUCUUCACAUACUCGUCUCAACCCGACGGGUGAUACGACUCGCUCCUACCAUUACUGCCUCUUGCCUGCUUGCCUCCUGGCCUUCCUGUUCUCUCUCCACGCAGCAACUCCGUGCAUCUAGCCAAGCAACCACCGUUCCUGCUGCCUGCAACUACCUAGAAGCCCUCUCCACAUGCCCUCAGCUGCACUCGCAACCAUCAGCCGAUCUGCGCACUGCUGCCCUGCGCACUGCGCACUGCUGCCCUGUGCACUGCUGCCCUGCGCACUGCGCACUCGCAACUCCAUCCUCGUGUUUUCCACCUCUGCCUUCUCCCUCUCACUCUCUCUCUCUCCCUUCUCGUCUUUCCCAUGUCAAUUCUGGCUCCCUGCUUUCGUCCCUUCGUCUGGUCUUUCGCUCGGUCAUGUUCUGGUCAUGUUCUUGCACUUUGCUCGGUCUUUCAUUUUGCUCCAACUCUGUCUCCUAUGCUCUAUUCAGUCGUUUGGUGUUGUCUGGGUUCCUUCCAAGUCAUGCUUUUCUUCGUCGUGUCUGUGAUUUGCUUCUUGCUUCUUUCUGCCUUUGCUUCUUGCUUCUUCCUAUCUUCCUCCCAUCUCUUCUUGGAUUCUACUUCUCCACCUUCCUUCCUACACAUUACAAUAGCUGCCACGUGUAAGCAGCUCUGGAAUAUGUACCCUUUGCCAGAUGGCUUGCUUUCAAAACUAUGUGUUGCAAGAAGUACUUACAACGUGCGCUGGAGGGCCGGAGGGUUGCUAGGAGUGCUGCAGGGUUGCAGUCAGCGCUGGAUGGUUGCAGUGAGUGCUGGCGGGUUGCUUGGAGCGCUACAGGGUUGCGACGCUGCAGGGUUGCUUGGGUUAGCAAUGAGCGGUAGAUUCCAAAGGUGGGCAUACCUUUUCAGUCCUCCUGUAUUGCUAAUUUGAUUAGAAUUGUCACUACCCCUUGUCAGUCCUCCUGUGUUUCUAAUUUGUUUAGAACGACUACCCCUUUUCAGUCCUCCUGUACUGCUAAUUUGAUCAGAAAUACUACCCCUUUUCAGUCC